AUGUCAUCGUCUUACGGAUACGGCGACCAGACGCUGAACCAGCAAUCAGCCUAUGUGCCAACCACAGCGUCAUUCAAAUCAAAAUCCACCGCCCAGAAGAUGAACAAGGGCGAUAAGCGUACGACGGUGUUGAGGAAAGGAGCCGGGAAACAGUGGGAGGAUACGUCUCUUCUCGAUUGGGAUCCAUCCCACUACAGAUUGUUCGUCGGUAACAUUUCAAAUGACGUUACGGAACAAGUCCUUGACGAGACAUUCUCCGUCUUCAAGAGUUAUUCAAAGUGCAGAGUCGUGCGCGACAAGAUAUCAAACAAGGCCAAAUACGCUUUCAUUGCUUUCGCAGAUCCAGAAGAUUUUCUGAAGGCGUGGAAGGAGUAUGAUGGGAAAUACGUCGGCAACCGCCCGAUAACGCUUUCAAAAUCACAGACCAACAUCAAAGCCAAUGAUAUUGGAUAUAGGAAAUCGAAUGACCUGCGUAGUGGGAAGAAGAACCACCGUGCAGCACCGUAUUAA